AUGGAUGAUGGUGUGGUUGCCCUCGCUUGCAACCACGUGACACAGCGGAACAUCAAAAUUCUGGGCGACAGCUUCGAGCACCUCUUCGGAAAUCUUUUCAAUUUCACUCUGAAUGGCAUCCUGGAGCUCCUUGCGGCCUUCGACGAGCAGUGCACCCGAGACGAUGAAUGCGACCCGCGGGCGACCAUGGUGUGCAGGCGCGGCAAGUGCGUGUGCAAUAAUAUCUCCUGGCUCGACGAAAAUGACAAGAAGUGCUAUUUGGGACACCUAGCCCCGUGCAACGAAACCACGAAGCCGUAUUGCACACGUCCCCUCGAGUGCAUCGAAAAUAAAUGCAAUUGCCCGGUCCUUGGAGCAGUAUUCGUGGAGAAAAACUGCUAUGAUGAAUCCGGGUUCGGAGAACCCUGCCAGGACGACAUGAACUGUUACCUUUUGGGGAGUGGACCAGAGCAGGCCGUGUGCAAGGAGGAAAUUUGCACGUGCAAUGAAGAGAAGUGGUUCUUCCCGCUGCUUCAGAAGUGCGUUCCGGGGUCGGAAAUCGAUGACAAGUGCGACAAGGACACGCCUUGCAUACCCGACGAAGCGAUGGAGUGCAGCAGCGAAGGAAAGUGUCGGUGCAAGGACGGCUUCAAGGACCAAAAGCAUUGUUCUGGGGCGAGCGAGAUCACAGGUACGGUCUACCUCCUUCUCACCUCUUUCUUCCCACACGCCUGGUUCUCAUGGCUGACUUGA